UAUUCCUGGGGGAGAGAAGACAGAGAGGGAAGAAGGAAAAAGGAGGCCUGUGUUGUCUGACUUUACACACACGCACACUCAUACACUCUCGGGAUGAGGUUCGAGGAGGUGUUGGACGAGGUGGGUGGCUUCUCCAAGUUUCAGUUCCUCAUGCUCCACUUGCUCUGCUUGCCCAGGGUCAUUCUCCCCCUCCACUUUCUCCUGCACAACUUCAUCUCGGGUGUGCCUCCGCACCACUGCGCCCUCGGGAUCCAUGGAGAUGGACCCCAAACCCUGGCCGACCCCAUGACGUUGGCCCUCAGGGUCCCUCGUGAAGCCGACGGCUCCUUCAGCUCCUGCAGGGCCUUUGCCACUCUGGUGACCCUUGACCUUGGCCACUCCAACUACACCAAUGUGUCCAUGUCGGUGCCGUGCCAGGACGGCUGGGUGUACGACCGUUCCCAGUUCACAUCCACCACUGCCACCCAGUGGGAUUUGGUGUGUGACCGUAAGAAAUUAAACCAGGCCGUUGCUACUUUCUUUUUCGUUGGAGUCACAAUCGGUGCAGUUAUAUUUGGAUACCUCUCAGAUAAAUUUGGUCGGAAGCCCAUGAUCCUAGUGUCCUUCGUGGCCAGUGCCGUGUUCGGAACCAUGUCCGCCUUCUCUGUCUCUUACGUCAUGUUUGCCGUGACCAGAACCCUCUGUGGAGUCGCACUGACGGGAAUGACCAUUACCACUCUUGCCCUGAGUAUAGAGUGGACGGACAUUAAGCAUCGCACCUUCACAGGGACCAUUAUCAGUCUGGGCUGGAGUGUGGGCAACAUGCUCCUGGCCCUCCUGGCAUACUUCAUACGAGACUGGAGAUAUCUCAUGCUGGUGGUGACGUCCCCCUGCAUCGCUGCAAUCAUCUCCUGGUGGUGGAUACCCGAGUCUGCCAGAUGGCUACUGGCCAAAGGCAAAGUUAAGGAGGCAAAGAAGUAUUUGGUGCAGUGUGCCAUAAUGAAUGGGAAGUAUGGUUACGCUGCAAAACUAGACACUGAGACUUUGAGGAAGGUAACUGUUUCUGAGGUUGCCACUAAGAACUAUUCCUACUUGGAUCUGGUCAAGACACCCAAGCUCAGGAAAAUCACUAUUUGCUCAGGAAUAUUCUGGUUUGCUGUGUCGUUCGCAUACUAUGGGAUCAGCUAUAAGAUUACAGGGUUUGGUCUGAACAUGUACCUCACUCAUUUUGUCUACGGCGCAAUUGAAGUCCCAGCCAAAGUGGGGGCCUACUUCGCCUUGGAUCGCAUUGGCCGAAGAAAUGGCCAGGCGUGGUCUCUCAUCAUCACGGGAGCGCUGAUAGCUCUCAAUACCGCUAUCCCCACAGAAAAUGGCCUGGUUCGCACUUGCAUAGCUGUGGUGGGGAAGGGUUUCUCAGAAGUUGCUUUCACUACAGCUUUUCUCUACACAGCAGAGCUCUAUCCCACCGUUCUCAGACAGUGUGGUUUAGGUUACACCUCAUUCAUGGGGCGUAUGGGGGGCUCACUGGUCCCCAUGGUCAUGCUGCUGGAGGACUAUUGGGUGUUCACGCCCCCACUUAUCUUCGCCGCCACCGCCAUUGGCAGCGGCUGUGUGGUCUUCCUGCUGCCCGAGACCCUGAAUGUGUGUCUUCCGGAAAACAUCCUCGACGUAGAGGGAAGGCAUAAGCACACGUCUGGAAAUGAUGCCAUGGUUGAGUUGAAUGAAAUACACUCACUACCGGUAGCUUCAGCAUGAGAUCACAACUCCUAAGGCUGCUGCAGUACCAAGUCCUGACCUGAUAGCUCCACAAACUGCUGAAUUGGGCAAAUUUUUCCUACAAUGGUCAUAUCCUAAAAACUUUAGUAUGAUGGACAUUUUCCACUAUAUCAUGUAUCAUGCAUGUCACUAUUGUAUAUGUCACUAUUCUAUUGUCUAUAUUAAUUAGUUGUGUAACUCAUGUACAGUUGAAGUCGGAAGUUUACAUACACCUUAACCAAAAACAUUUAAACUCAGUUUUUCACAUUUCCUGACAUUUAAUCCUAGUAAAAAUUCCCUGUCUUAGGUCAGUUAGGAUCACCACUUUAUUUGAAGAAUGUGAAAUGUCAGAAUAAUAGUAGAGAGAAUGAUUUAUUUCAGCUUUUAUUUCUUUCAACACAUUCCCAGUGGGUCAGAAGUUUACAUACACUCAAUUAGUAUUUGGUAGCAUUGCCUUUAAAUUGUUUAACUUGGGUCAAACGUUUCAAGUAGGCUUCCACAAGCUUCCCACAAUAAGUUGGGUGAAUUUUGUCCCAUUCCUCCUGUCUUUCAAAGAUAAUUCGUAAAAAUCCAAAUAACUUCACAGAUCUUCAUUGUAAAGGGUUAAACACUGUUUCCCAUGCUUGUUCAAUGAACCAUUAACAAUUAAUGAACAUGCACCUGUGGAACGGUUGUUAAGAUACUAACAGUUUACAGACGGUAGGCAAUUAAGGUCACAGUUAUGAAAACUUAGGACACUAAAGAGGCCUUUCUACUGACUCUGAAAAACACCAAAAGAAAGAUGCCCAGGGUCCCUGCUCAUCUGCGUGAACGUGCGUUAGAAAUGCUGCAAGGGGGCAUGAGGACUGCAGAUGUGGCCAGGGCAAUACAUUGCAAUGUCCGUACUGUGAGAUACUUAAGACAUCGCUACAGGGAGACAGGACGGACAGCUGAUCAUCCUCACAGUGGCAGACCACGUGUAAGAACACCUCCACAGGAUCGGUAUAUCCGAACAUCACACCUGCGGGACAGGUACAGCAUGGCAACAACAACUGCCCGAGUUACACCAGGAACACACAAUCCCUCCAUCAGUGCUCAGACUGUUCGCAAUAGGCUGAGAGAGGUUGGACUGAGGGCUUGUAGGUCUGUUGUAAGGCAGGUCCUCACCAGAUAUCACCGGCAACAACGGGCACAAACCCACCGUUGCUAGACCAGACAGGACUGGCAAAAAGUGCUCUUCACUGACGAGCCACGGUUUUGUCUCACCAGGGGUGAUGGUCGGAUUCGCGUUUAUCAUCAAAGGAAGGAGGGUCCGUCAUGGUCUGGUGCGGUGUGUCACAGCAUCAUUGGACUGAGCUUGUUGUUAUUGCAGGCAAUCUCAACGCUGUGCGUUACAGGGAAGACAUCCUCCUCCCUCAUGUGGUACCCUUUCUGCAGGCUCAUCCUGACAUGACACUCCAGCAUGACAAUGCCACCAGCCAAAGUGCUCGUUCUGUGUGUGAUUUCCUUCAAGACAGGAAUGUCAGUGUUCUGCCAUGGACAGCGAAGAGCCCGAAUCUCAAUCCCAUUUAGCACAUCUGAGACCUGUUGGAUCGGAGGGUGAGGGCUAGGGCCAUUCCCCCCAGAAAUGUCCGGGAACUUGCAGGUGCCUUGGUGGAAGAGUGGGGUAACAUCUCACAGCAAGAACUGGAAAAUCUGGUGCAGUCCAUGAGGAGGAGAUGCACUACAGUACUUAAUGCAGCUGGUGGCCACACCAGAUACUGACUGUUACUUUUGAUUUUAACCCCCCCCCCCCCCCCCCCACAUUGUUCAGGGACACAUUAUUUCCUUUCUGUUAGUCACAUGUCUGUGGAACAUGUUCCGUUUAUGUCUCAGUUGUUGAAUCUUGUUAUGUUCAUACAAAUAUUUACACAUGUUAAGUUUGCUGAAAAUAAAUGCAGUUGACAGUGAGAGGAAGUUGCUUUUUUUGCUGAGUUUACUUUGGUGCAAAAAGUGCAAGUCAAUCCCAGAACAACAGCAAAGGACCUUGUGAAGAGGCUGGAGGUAACAGGUACAAAAGUAUCUAUAUCCACAGUAAAACGAGUCCUAUAUCGACCUAACCUGAAAGGCCGCUCAGCAAGGAAGAAGCCACUGCUCCAAAACCGCCAUAAAAAAGCCAGACUACGGUUUGCAUCUGCACAUGGGGAUAAAGAUCGUACUUUUUGGAGAAAUGUCCUCUGGUCAGAUGAAACAAAAAUGUUUCAUUUUUGUUCGGCCAAAAUGACCAUCAUUAUGUUUGGAGGAAAAAGGGGGAUGCUUGCAAGCUGAAGAACACCAUCCCAACCGUGAAGCUCGGGGGUGGCAGCAUCAUGUUGUGGGGGUGCUUUGCUGCAGUAGGGAUUGGUGCACUUCACAAAAGAGAUGGCAUCAUGAGGAAAGAAAGUUAUGUGAAUAUAUUGAAGCAACAUCUCAAGACAUCAGUCAGGAAGUUAAAGCUUGGUCGCAAAUGGGUCUUCCAAAUGGACAAUGCCCCCAAGCAUGCUUCCAAAGUUGUGGCAUAAUGGUUUAAGGACAACAAUGUCAAGGUAUUGGAGUGGCCAUUACAAAACCCUGACCUCAAACUGGAAAAGAACUGGAAAAGUGUGUGCGAGCAGGGAGGCUUACAAACCUGGCUCAGUUACACCAGAAAAAAAGAAAAGGGGACGUUUCUUUUUUUGCUGAGUUUAUGUUCAUCUCUAGUAGACAGAACGGGUCUCCUUCCUGAGCGGUAUGACGGCUGUGUGGUCCCAUGGUGUUUAUACUUGUGUACUAUUGUUUGUACAGAUGAAUGUGGUACCUGCAGGCGUUUGGAAAUUGCUCCCAAGGAUGAACCAGACUUGUGGAGGUCUACAAUGUUUUUUCUGAGGUCUUGGCUGAUUUCUUUUCCUUUUCCCAUUAUCUCAAGCAAAGAGGCACUGAGUUUGAAGGUAGGCCUUGAAAUACAUCCACAGGUACACCUCCAAUUGACUUAAAUGAUGUCAAUUAGCCUAUCAGAAGCUUCUAAGGCCAUGACAUUAUUUUCUGGAAUUUUCCAAGCUGUUUAAAGGCACAGUCAGCUUGUGAUACAGUUAAUUAUAAGUGAAAUAAUCUGUCUGUAAACAAUUGUUGGAAAAAUGACUUGUGUCAUGCACAAUGUAGAUCUCCUAACCGACUUGCCAAAACUAUAGUUUGUUAACAAGAAAUGUUUGGAGUGGUUGAAAAACAAGUUUUAAUGACUCCAACCUAAGUGUAUGUAAACUUCCGACUUCAGCUGUAUAUUGAUGGUACACACUUUCACACUCGCCACAUACGCUGCUGCUACUACUCUUUUUGUGAUCUAUCUAGUUUGCCUAGUCAUUUUUACCCCUACCUACAGUACAUGUACAUACUGUAUUACCUUAACAACCUUAAGUACCCCUGCAUAUUGACUCGGUAUCGGUACUCCUUGCAUAUAGCCUAAUUAUUAUUUAUUUCAUGAAGAUGUUCCAUUUUGAUUUGCAAAUGUUCUUACUUUUUAACUCUGCAUUGUUGGGAAAGGCCUCGUAAGUAAGCAUUUAACAGCAAAGUCUACACCUGUUGUAUUCGGCACAGUGAUUUGGAUUUUAUCCAAGCUCCUGAACCACCUCUUCAGAAACCAUGGUUACAGAUUUCAUCGACGGGAUGCACCUGGGAAUUUCUGAGAUAGAGAUCAUCUCUGCUGGGGAUCAUAGAAUAGAUUUGCUAUAUCUAUUGUUGCUCUCAGUUUCUUUUUUAAAAUAAAUUGCCAUUUACACAGAACAAAAAUAUAAACGCAACAUAUAAAGUGUUGUUGGUCCCAUGUUUCAUGAAAUAAAACAUCCCAGAAAUAUUC